CAGUCCAAUCCACCUCACAGGGUUGUUGUUAUACAGAUAAUAGCAAGUGGUGUUGGGUAUGUUCCGUUCCUUGAGUUAUUUGUAAAAAACGAUAAAGGAGGGCUAUAAAUACAAUAAACUCCAAAAAACAAAAAUUAAGACAAUGUAUAUCACAUGUUCCGACUCAUGUCGCUGAUUAAAAAGAUCUGUCCAUUCAACCAAUGGCCGCAUAGUCAGAGCAAUUCAGGUGCUCAUGCUCAGAAACUUCUUAUAAACGAGCAAAACCUACCUGCUCGGUCCGAGCUCUCUGCUCACCUGUUCAAGCUUGGGGGAGGCGAUCUCCCUUUCUCCGCCCACCUCCCCACCCCUCGCAGCUUCCCAGGCUUUCCCGCCCACCCAGGACCUGCAGCGCCGCCGGCAGCCGAAGGAACGGCCGAGAUGGCGGUGGAGGGCUGGGACUGCCCCGCCACGCGCGCCCGCCUGGAGGCCGCCUACUUCCCGCCGGGCUGCAGCGGCCAGGAGCUGGAGGACUUCUGGGCUUUCUUCCGGCGCCUGCGGGGCUUCUGCGAGCGGCGGGGCUCCGGGACUCGGGACCGGCCAGCCUACGAUCCCGAGUGCCGCCUGAACCUGCAGCUGCCCCGGCGAGAGGCGAGAGGCGUGUCUCCGGCGCUCACGCGCCGCUUCGGCCUGGCGUUGCUCCGCUUCCUGGACUUUGCGCAGCGGCGGAGCUUGGCCCGGCUGGCGCGGCUGCAGCGGGAGCGCGCCGCCCUGCCCAUCGCCCGCUCCCGGGAGUCGCUGCUGGCCGCCCUGGCGCGUAGCCCGGUGGUGCUGGUGGCCGGGGACACGGGCUGCGGGAAGUCCACGCAGGUGCCCCAGUUCCUGCUGGCCGCCGGCUACGCCCACGUGGCCUGCACCCAGCCGCGGCGCCUGGCUUGCGUGGCCCUGGCCCAGCGCGUGGCCCGCGAGAGCCUGGGGCGCUUCGGGGACCAGGUCGGCUACCAGAUCCGCUUCGACAGCGCCCGCUCGCCGGCCACGCGCAUCGUCUUCCUGACCGAAGGGCUGCUCCUGCGCCAGGCCCAGCGGGAGCCCACGCUGCCCGCCUACCGGGUGCUGAUCGUGGAUGAGGUUCACGAGCGGCACCUGCACUGCGACUUCCUGCUGGGCGUCCUGCGUCGCCUUUUGCCUUCCCGGGCUGACCUCAAGCUGGUGCUCAUGUCUGCCACCAUCAACAUCCAGCUCUUUGCCGACUAUUUUGGAGACGCUCCUGUGAUCCAGGUUCCUGGACGCCUCUUCCCCAUCACGGUCAUCUAUGAACCCAUCCGCCCUGAGGAAAGCAGCCGUGGGCGCAGGGAGCAACUGGGCGUCCAGCCCUUCCUGCGGGUGCUCCAGGCCAUCGACCACAAGUAUCCGCCGGAGGAGAGGGGAGACCUGCUCAUCUUCCUCAGUGGGGUGGCUGAGAUUGGGGCAGUGGUGGAGGCUGCACAGUCUUACGCGACCUUCACCAAGCGCUGGGUGGUCCUUCCUCUGCACAGCACCCUCUCUGUGGCCGAGCAGGACAAGGUUUUUGAUCUUGCUCCACCAGGAGUCCGGAAGUGCAUCAUUUCCACCAACAUUGCUGAGACUUCUGUGACCAUCGAUGGGGUCCGGUUUGUUGUGGAUUCAGGAAAGGUGAAAGAGAUGAGCUAUGACUCCAAGGCCAAGCUACAUCGCCUCCAGGAGUUCUGGAUCAGUCGAGCCAGUGCUGAGCAACGCAAGGGCCGGGCAGGCCGCACUGGGCCCGGGGUCUGCUACCGCCUUUAUGCUGAAUCAGACUAUGACAAUUUUGCCCCCUAUCCAGUGCCAGAGAUCCAGCGAGUAGCUCUGGAUGCCCUGAUUUUACAGAUGAAGAGCAUGGGCCUAGGCGAUCCCCGAGUGUUCCCUUUCCUGGAGCCACCCCUUCGGGCCAGCCUGGAGGCAGCCCUGGGCUAUCUAAAGUAUCAGGGCGCCCUGGACUCAGCAGAGGCCCUAACACCCAUUGGGACUCUCCUGGCUCAGUUGCCAGUUGAUGUGGUGAUUGGGAAGAUGCUGGUGUUGGGGACACUCCUGGACCUGGGUGCCCCGAUGCUCACCAUUGCCGCUGUCCUCAGCGUGCCCUCCCCCUUCCUGCACAGGGGUGGGGGGCGCAGGGACCUGGACUGCCUGGCAGCCCGGCGAAGUCUGGGGAGCCCACUGGGAGACCCCCUGACUCUUCUGAAUAUCUUCAACGCCUGGGUCCAGGAGAAAGUGGCUAAUCGCCGAGGAUCCCAGUGGUGGUGUCGGCGUCGGGGCCUGGAGGAGCACCGACUCUACGAGGCGGCCAAUCUGCGGCGCCAGUUUCAGGAACUGUUGCGGGACCACGGACUCCUGCGCCCUCCUGCUCAGCCUUGCAGCUCCUACACUCGACAGAGGAGGAGGCGGGAGCAUCGAGAGCUGCACAGACUCAAGCGGGAGCAUGAGCAGCAGGGCGGGCGCCGGCGGAAGCUGUUGCGGCUGCAGGAGGAGGAAGAGCAGGAAGGAGGAGGGUCCCGUUUUUCAUCUGGGGAAGAGGAGGAGGACAGUUCCUGCCUAGACAUUCAGGAUGUGAAUUUUCAGCUGCGGCAUGAUAUGGAGGAGCUGCAGGCAGCUGCCUGUGAAGGCCAUGAGCUCUCAACCGGCCAGUUGGCUCUGCUGCAGCUGGUGCUGGCUCGGGGCCUUUAUCCUCAGCUGGCUGCCCCCGACCCUUUCAACGAGACCCGCAAAGAUUCGGAACAGAUCUUCCACACGAGAGAGAAAGCCGGCCUUGUCCUGCACCCGACCAGUGUGUUUGCUGAUGCCCCAGAACUGCUGCAUUCAGACUCCAAGGCUAGCAAGGACCCAGCUGGAGGGCCAUCAAGGGCAGGAAUAAGACUUUUCCAGAGCUUAGGAAGGAUGGGAAGAGGCUUUCAGAGGGACCUGAGGCUUUCAGAGGGACCUGAGGGAGUGACCUUACUGCCCACAGAUGCCAAGGAGAGGAUGAUCAGCCACCCCCAAGUCCUGUCCUUCGUCUCAUUGCUGGAGACCCACAAGCCCUACCUGGUGAACUGUCUCCGCCUACCGGCACUGCAGGUGUUACUGCUUUUGGCUCGCUCUCUCGAUACCAACGCUGACUGCACACGCAUUGUGGCUGACUCCUGGCUUGAGCUCCAAAUCCCCGUGGCAGAGAUGGCUGUGCGGAUGCUCGGCAUUGCCUUACGUCUCCGGGCCUCUUGGGACAAAGUGUUGGACAGGUGUCUGCAAAGAUUGACAGGGCAGGCUGGGGAGGAAGAAGAGACAGAGGCAGCACCCCGCACCCCGGAGGUGUGCCAACUCACACACGAACUGUUGAGCUUCCUGAAGACGGAGGUCCAGUACACCUUCCGGCGAAUGACCCCUCUGGAGCAGCAGCACCUGUAUGGAGGCCCCAGGGUUGCACCUGAGGAGGCUAAAGGGCUGCCAAGCUUCUUCCAGGGAGUGCAGCUGGUGCCCCACGAGGUGAAAGGUGGCUACAGGAUUGGCGAGUUUCUGACAUUUAAUUGUCUGGCUGGGGAGGGAGAUCUGUACAGUGACUGCCUGCGCAGUUUCUGGACGUGCCCACGAUGUGGCCUUUACAUGCCCUUCACUCCUCUGGAGCGUGUGGCCCAUGAAGAGGGCUGCCAGUCGUCUGACCCUCAGGACGGGGAGCCUGGCUGCAAAGGGCCCAGAGGGGGCACAGUGCAGGCUGCAUCUGGCACCUGUGCCCUGCAGCAACUCUACCACUGUACCAUCUGCCAGGACAGCCUGCACCUCACACCCACAGAAAUCCUGAAGCAUCGGAAGCAGCAUCAGGGGUACCUGUGAAAGGACCCUUGGCUGAUUCUCAUAGGUGGAUCACUCCCUGGAACUGGCUGUGGCUCGGAGGAUGAGCCCAGAGAAAAGGGAGGCCAGCUGCUCCCCAAGAAACAUAAUUUGACCCCAUCAAGGUGAAUGAGUUCCUGUGGGGCAAGCCUGGUUUUGCUGCAAAAACCUUGAACUGAUGUGGGCAUACUGUAAUUGUCAGGCAUUACUUAUUUUAUUGCGGUCAUUAACCAGCACAUUUUAACCAUUCUGCUAAAAUAAAAUAUGCUAAUUUUAAGCUGGGAUUAUGAGGAUGUUUUAAUAAUAAAGUUAAUAAAAUCAACUAUACCAAUG